CAAAUAAAUGGGACAAGGGACGAGGUAGAGGGAGAGGCAGACACAAGAGACAGCAGAGCAGAGAUCUAGCGUAUUCUCUCGCUCUUUCUUUCACUGUCACAGAGCCACAUCCAUGGGCUUCCCAGCCAACGGCGCCUCUGCGGCCCAGCCCCUAAACUUCCUCAUCUACGGCCGCACGGGCUGGAUUGGCGGCCUCCUCGGCUCCCUCUGCCGGGCCCAGGGCAUCUCCUUCCAUUACGGCUCGGGCCGCCUCGAGAACCGGGCCUCCCUCGAAACCGACAUAGCCCUGCUCAAGCCCUCCCACGUCUUCAACGCCGCCGGCGUCACGGGCCGCCCCAACGUCGACUGGUGCGAGUCCCACAAAGUCGAGACCAUCCGAACCAACGUCGUCGGAACCCUCACUCUCGCCGACGUCUGCCGCGACCACGGCCUCAUUCUCAUCAACUACGCCACCGGUUGCAUUUUCGAGUACGACUCCGAUCACCCCCUCGGAUCCGGUAUCGGCUUCAAAGAAACCGACUCUCCCAAUUUCACCGGUUCUUUUUACUCCAAGACCAAGGCAAUGGUAGAGGAUCUGCUGAAGAACUAUGAUAAUGUGUGUACAUUGCGAGUGAGGAUGCCUAUCUCAUCUGAUUUAUCGAACCCGCGCAAUUUUAUCACUAAGAUCACUCGAUAUGAGAAGGUUGUGGAUAUUCCGAAUUCGAUGACUAUAUUGGAUGAACUGCUUCCAAUUUCAAUUGAGAUGGGGAAGAGGAAUCUGACUGGGAUCUGGAACUUUACUAACCCAGGAGUGGUUAGUCACAAUGAAAUCUUGGAGAUGUACAGAGAUUAUGUUGACCCGAACUUCACCUGGAACAACUUCACUCUCGAGGAACAGGCCAAGGUGAUUGUUGCUCCGAGGAGCAACAAUGAGCUUGACGCUGCCAAAUUGAAGAAGGAAUUUCCAGAACUGUUGUCUAUUAAGGAUUCUCUUAUUAAGUAUGUCUUCGAGCCAAACCAGAAGGUUAAAGCUCAAGUCUAAAGGUUCAAGCUUUUCUCAUUUUUAUCAUCAUCAUCAUUAUUAUUAUUAUUAUUAUUGUCCUCGUUUGAUUUAAGUUUGUGUGGAUUUUGUGUAGAUGUCACUCUCCCUUAUUUUUAUUUGUAUGUUGUAUUUUUACCGCUCGUGAUUGAAUAAAUUUCUUGUCGUUUUUAAGUGCAUCUGAGUUUGAGCAUGAAGAUAUUAAGGAGUUGGCAGUUA